AUGGGGAUGGAUCCGAACCCCAGGAAGCGAGAGAGCGGCGGCACCGCCGCGGAUGAGGAACAGCGGACGCGGCGGCGCGGCGAGGAGGACCCCACGGACGAGGAGGUGGAGGAGUUCUUCGCCAUCCUGCGGCGGAUCCGGGAGGCUACGAGGCACUUGGGGGCGAGGGCGGGAGCGGCGGAUCACGGAGUGGCCAGGCCCAAGGGGCGGGGCGAAGGGGGGGCGCCGAGGUGGCAGCCGGCGUUCGUGCCGGAGGACUUCGAGCAUCCGGGAGCGGCGGAGAGCAGCGGGGAUCGGAGGGAGAGAGCGGAGAAAGAUGAGGGCGCGGGGAAGUGGAGAACGAUGAGCCCCGGCGGCGAGCGGUGCUUCGAUCUGAACGAGGAGCCCGCAGAUACAUAA